AUGUCCGGCGAUUCUACCCAUUUCACGCCAAUUGAGCAGGCCUUAGAAGCGUUCAAGAACAACAAGUUUCUGAUGGUUCUGGACAAUGAAGAUCGGGAAAAUGAGGCAGACUUGAUUUGCGCCGCUGAAGGUAUCACACAGGAGCAAAUGGCGUUUUUGGUACGCUACUCUUCCGGAUACGUAUGUGCUCCCAUGAGUAACAGCGUAGCAGAUCGCAUCGAUCUGCCUCUAAUGCGUGAAAUGAACGUUAAGUCGUCCAGAGAUGACCGUCACGGUACAGCAUACACAAUUACGUGCGAUUUUGCGGACGGAACCACAACGGGCAUUUCAGCUCAUGAUCGGGCGCUCACUUGCCGGAAACUCGCAGACAUUUCUACCAAACCAUCAGAUUUCCUAAAACCGGGUCAUAUCGUACCUCUUAGAGCUGUUGACAACGGUGUUUUACAAAGAGACGGCCACACAGAGGCGGCUGUGGAUUUAUGUAAGCUCACGGGCAAAGCUCCCGUUGGCGUUAUCUGCGAGCUGGUAAGGGACGAGGACGGACUAAUGAUGAGACUAGACGACUGCAUCAAGAUGAAGCAAAAAUUCGGUAUCGACAUCAUCACAAUUGAAUCUCUCAAGAGUUAUUUGUCAAAGUGA